GAACACUCAGCCCUCCCUCCUCUUGAACAGCGCACCUCUCCUUUCAUUCCAGCUCGUGCUUUGUCGUACGCCUUGAAUCCCCCUGUCACAGGUCGAUUUGAUCUUGCUUUCUUGCUCAUAAAACUUGUUCCUGAUUGCCACUUUUCGACGGUUCCUGUCGCUCGCUUUCUAUAACUGUCUCUAAUGUAGCGAAGGGAGUUUCGAUAACUUCCGCUAGAAUCGUUUGUGCCUCAGCCUUACACAUCAGGCAGCAGUUUCGCAUUCGUCCGCAGCAAUUUUUCGAGUGUCCUUUGACCUGCAACCAGAUCUUCGAAAUGGUCAUAAUGAACGACUUCCACUGGAACGGGAAUAUCAUGUAUAUUAACGGAUUGCCAACUACUCAGUACGCUGCCACUGGACCAUCGUACGAUUCGAAGGCACGAGGGAUAACUCCUAGUUCUGUCAGCCAGCUCGGAUCUUUCUCUCCAAGGAGUCAGGGCAGCAAUGUAUCUCCAGUGCUUGAGGAGUAUGAUGUUGCAAGUAGCCCAACUGGCAGCUUGUACUCAUCACACUCUGUUAUGACGCCCCCGAACGAUAGCCUUGAUCAAGAUCUCUAUGGAAUCCGAGACUCAACCCCCCAAGAGAUGCCCAUUGACGAUAGAAUGCUCGAUCUAGAGCGCCGUCACAGUCAACAGUCGAUGAGUUCGAAUCAAAGUUCUCUCUGGCACCGAGAAUCCCAAGGCUCUGCGCAUUCUCCGAGUCCGACUUAUGCUAUUCAGCAGCCCAUGACGAAUGAGUACCCAGUGCGCCACGAGCAUGACAGUACUUUCCAAGUCACAGGAUGGUCCAUGUCUGCUCCGCAGCAACUGACCGCGUCUACAAGACCCUCCAUGGCCAUGACACCCUUGGCAUUCCCACCUCCACGUUGGGCUGACCUGUCACCGUGGUCUCCUCAUCAAAUGCCCACCACUCCCGCCCCGUCAUCGGCACCUAUAUGGGAACUAGGCUCCGAUCCUAAAGGCUAUGCUCCCACUAAUGCCGGGGUUGACUGGUGUAUAAACAAUUACGAUAACACCACCAUGUACAAUACACAAAGCUCUCAGUAUGCAAACACACACGAUGGUGUCCCUUUCGACUCUCGAAGCCCAGUUUCAGGGCCUGAGCCUGCAUACCGCCCAAAUGACAUUGCACCUAUCGGUCGCAGCUUGUAUCCCCAUAGUUAUCACCUUGAGAUACCUUCUCAAUCCACUUAUCAAUCGUCGACCAUUCCUGCACAUAUAGACUACUAUCAACUGACACAUGGCUCGCAAGGAAUCUUACACAAUGGACCAUCGCUAUUCUCGAAUCCGGGCCCUACAUGGGAAGGAGCUAGCUCCACCACGAAGGAUAAUCACAUCACAGACCAGCAUUUAUAUUCUGCUAAUGGUGCUACGAGUAGCUCACAGAUGGAUACUACCCGAUCGAAGAAAUCGUACGCCAAGAAUACCCGAGGCGUUCGGAAGCCCUACGGACCGUCUGCCCAACGUGCUGGCGGCCGGAAGCCUGGCACCCACCUCGCUCCAGACAAGGCGGCACAGGCAAAUGUUAUGAGGAAAACACGUGUCUGUUGGCGCUGCAGGAUUCAGAGAGAUAAAUGCGACCCAGGCGAAAUCUGUCGCCGUUGCGCGAAUCGUUCUCAAAAGCCAGGUGAUGAUUGGAAACUGGGCUGCUGUCGUGAUAUACUUCCUGAACUCAUGAUUUUUCUCCUACCAACCUGGAUUUCCGACCUCCAUAGUGAAGAGACGUUAAUUAAAAUGUGCGAAACGAAUGUCCGUGAUUGGGGAAAAUCUGAGAUCAAGAUUCAAUUGACGCCAGGAUAUGGCUUGCCCUGGCUUGAAGUUGAUGUUUAUGAAUUCAAGCCGAGCAAUCCUGAAUUGCUACGGCAAUUCCAACAUUUCAAGGACGCAAAGACGGGCCAGAACAUUCGUGUAGAAAAGGCUUCGCCUCCACUUGGGCUACAGAGCAUGCAUUAUACCAAGGAUGAGACCAAAUAUGACACUCACGUCAAACAGAUCGCUACUCAUUUCAUGACCAACUUUGUCGGAAGAUACUAUGCGGGUGAAAAGGAAGACUUCGCGAAACGGAUGUUCGAGUGUCUAGUUAACAUCGACCCUGCUCAGGGAACCGAACAGGAGAAAUUACUGACGGAAGUUUACUACCUCAUAAUCACGACUUAUAUUGUUGCACACACUUUGACCAUACCGGACGAACACAAAGUUGACAGCCUCUCGAAGCUAUCAAACUAUAAACCAGAUGACUACGGCGACAAGACUUCGCCGCGUCUGGCGAAUCGACAAAUCAAACAUUUUUACGCGCGAUUACAGGGAAGAAAGAUGGAGAUGCUCUUAAAACAUCUGCAAAACAUGCUGGGGGGUAGUAAAGGCUGCGAUAAAUGGACCGAUGCGUUCAUUAUCGUUCUUGGUUUAGCCAUUGCUGCCGAAGUCAUCCAGAAGAAUGUUAACAGUAUUCUGGAUAGUAGAGUGGGCCAAGGAGAUUUGGAGAGGAGCUUCGCAGAGGAGGGCGCAAAUGAAGCUGUCCGAAGAAUUGACGGAUACUUUGACAUUAUCAUAGAGCUCUUCCAAAAGAAGUAUGCUCGCAACUGCAAUCCGAUCAAAGAUUGUAAAAUCGACUGGAGCGCGAAGAUCACUCAACCGGGAAUGAUCACAUGCCUCCAAAACCUAAGUUCGCUGAUCCAAGAAAAAAGGAAUUUCCUUGAAGAGCGGGCACGCGUGGCCGUUUCCAUGCACAAUUGGCGACAAUACACAGGCCGCAUUACAGCAAGAUUUUUACUGUCAUUUGUAAAAUUAGAAGAUUAAUUGGAUCCCACCUAUCAUGACGAAGACUGUAGGAGGCUUCAUGUAGCAGCUUUCAAGUCCCGGUCUUCUUCUUCUGUUCUUCUUCUUCUUGUUCUUCUUCUUCCUCUUCUCCUUCUUCUCCGUCUUCUUUCCUUCUUUCGCGCUGUUUGCAAUGGUGUCUAUUCGGUAGACUGAAGCCGAAAGGACUGCGCCCGCAUAUACGUCAGCAUAUACUUCAACAUUUACGAGUCAUGAAAUUCUCCAUGAGUAACGCAUCACGAUGCUACGGCCUGUAAUGUAGAUGGUGUAGGACGCUCGAUUCAAAUUCAAACAUGAGUGUUCUCUAGUCAACUUGAGACUUCUACUACUGAAGUUGUUAGAAAGACGCCUAAUACAUACACUUGUUCUAGACAUAGG